AUGACUCAAACCCUUUUACAACAAUGGAAUGAUUUCAAAAGAGAAACCCCCAAGGUAUGCUAUGGCAUAGCUUUAAUCGGUGAAGCAAGCCAAUGUCUCGCUCAUGCAUUUACAGAGGUAGCCACAUCAUAUCAGAACGAAAUUGUUGAGAAAUUUGCAAAUAAAUUAAUCUGCUAUCUUUGGUAUCAUAUUCACACUAUGUUUGUGAGCAUGAAUCCAAACGACGUUCAUAAUAUUGCUCCUCUGAGGGACAUUCUAAAUACCAGAGUAAAACUGAAGACUCUGUCAGAAUUCCCAGCAAAAUUCAUUCCUUUACUGACGCGCUUACUUUCUUCCAUUGAAUCUGAACAUAACAGCCACUGCGAAUACGAUAUGAUGAGAAUACCUCUUCCACAGAGGUUUAUCAAGAAGUCGAAGAAUCGUAUCUCUCAAUAUCACAUGACCAGUUCAACAAGAUACAGUUCUGAACUUAACAAGUUAAAGAAAGACAACAGCACCAACAUCAUAGAAAGCGCGAUUCCUACCGAUAAGACUUCGGGCCCAGAAAAGUACCUGCAACAUGUUGCUUAUAUCCGUCAGAACUUAAGCACGCUAUUCAAGUUUUACAGUGCUGUUACAGAAAAAAAGCCGCUUUUUCUUGUACCAAGAAAAGCAAAAGGUACCAGAGUUGAUGGUGAACAUGCUGCUUGA